GUCUAAUUUAUUUUGCGUGUGCGAAUGACGAAGGAAAUCCAGCAUGGCGUCACAUGGUUUCCUCUUUGGUUACUAAUCAAAUCUACUGUAUCUAAAUUUGUAUAUAGUGUUGUGUAAAUAAGUGUACAGGAUGAGUGCUGCGGUGGCUUCAUCGCGUGGGAACACAAGACCCAUGAAAGAAAAACAUGGAAAAUCAACCCCACAGACACAAACAAAAUCAGAAGGACCUCCUCAGAAAGUACAGGCUACUCCUGAACAGAUAAGACUGGCUCAGUUGACAAAUGAUGCAAAUUCAUUAGAUGAAUCAGCAUUUAGACAGAAGGUGAAACAGGUGAUCGAUGUAACAGGUAUUACAGAUCAAACAGAAGUAGAAAUAGCUUUACAAGAUUGUGGCAAUGAUACAGAGAGAGCCAUUAAUAUGUUGUUAGAGGGCAACACAGUACAGGGAGAAUGGAAAGAACCUGGAAAGAAAAAGAAGAAGCCCACACCUGCUCCUGCUAAAACAGAACCUACAACAAAUCAUGUGGAUGAAAAAACAGAAGAACCUGAACAGACUCCAGAGCGAGAGAAAGUCCCAGACAAAGAUCGAUCAGAGAAUAUUUCCCGAAGAGGAAGGCGGUUUGACAACAGAUAUGAUAGCAGACCACCACGUUUAGCAGCCAGAGGAAGAGGGAGAGACAGACCAAACAGAGAAAACAAUGACAAUGAUGCUGGUGAAUUUGGUGGUACAUUUGGGCAAGACAAAGGGUUUGACAGUAGAGGACGUGGCAGAGGUAGAGGUGGGAGAGGUGGUUCAAGAAGAGGAAGAGGAAGGAGUUUUAAUGCACAACCCCCAAGAGAGAGACAGCCACCUAAAUUUGACAAGGGACCACAAAUAGACACAUGGACCAAUGAAACAGCUGCAAAUGCAGAGAAAGAAAAUGCCACUGGUCCCUGGGGAGAUGGAAUAGAAGACUGGAGUGAGGAUACAUGGCAAGGCAAUACACAGAAAUCCCCGAAUCAAAUAAAGUUGACAGAAACAAAGGUGUUUGAAUCCUCAAUACAGAAUCGAGAGCCAGAGCCAAUGUCUGACUCAUCAAACACAUUAGGACAAAGGAUAGACAUUGGAGUACUUCUUCAGAAGACCACAAAUGAAUCUCCAGAGUCAUAUUUGACCCAGUAUAAUCAGCAAGCAACAGAGUCCAUAAAAAAUACAAUUGGGAUUGGUUCAGCAUCCAGACAAUCCUUAUCCAGUCAGAUGGGUGCAUCUUCUUUAACCAAUCAUCUAUCAUCAGGACCAUUAGGAGGCCAUCAGAUGGUCUCUUCAUCCUUAUCUAAUUCCAUGUCUGUUUCGUCUGCAUCUUCAGCGGCAGUUGAUGCAUUGGUGUCGUCUUUUACUCAGAAUUCCAAUUUAAAUACAGCGGUAGAUGGAGGAAUUGAUUUGACAGCAUUAACACAGAAUUCAAGUAGGGCCAAUAUUGACUUGACUUCACUGUCACAAAGUCGACAGAAUAUGCCACUGGAUUUGAAUUCCUUAUCUCAAAGUCGGCAAAGUGUUCCAAUGUCAAUGAAUUCACAGACAGAUUCUAUAUCUUCAUCACAGCAGAGGCCUAAACCUCAAAGAUCAAAGUUGCCACCUCCAUCAAAGAUACCAGCUUCUGCUGUAGAGAUGCCAGGACAUCGUAACACAAAUAAAGUAGAUGUUCAGUUUGGUAGUAUUGGUAGUAUGGAUGCUUCAUCAAUGUUUGGAUUUGGGAAUGGAGAGACUGUAGUAUCCAAUCUGACAAGUUCUGCCAAUAACAGUACACAGCAAUCUGUUUUAAGCAAUCAUUUACCAAAAGUGAGUCAGCAACAAAAUGAGUCUGUGAUAACGUCAUCAAUGAUGACACCACCACCCAGUGCUGGAACGUCUGUGAUAUCUGGUCAGGAGUCACCAAGGAACGCUAUGUUUCAUAACUCUCCAUAUACCACUCCAACAAAGAAAGAUUCACUGUCGCAGAAUCAAGUCAGUAGUAUGAGUCCUCCAGAGCCCAUACCAUUUCCAACCUCUCAAACAGACAGAAAAUCUAGUCCAAUGAUGGCCCCUCAGAGACCAGGAUCAACACCAGGGUUAUCACAGAAUUCACUGUCUACAAGCAAUCCAGAAUCAAAUUUGGGUUCUUUUUCACAAGGUGGUUAUGGAACAAGUCCGUACCAGUCACAGAAGUCAGCAAUGUCAAAUACUGCAGGAAUGAGUGGAACAGCUGGUCUGUCUAACUCUUCUGGACUGUCUAAUUCGGCAGGAUUAUCAAACUCUUCAGGACUACAAAGUUCUUCUGGACUUUCAAAUGCAAGAGGGCUUUCAAAUUCUUCAGAUCUGACUAGUGCUACCAAUAGAAUUUCAAAUUCAGCUGGGUUACCAAAUAAAUCUGAGUACAAUUCGUCUUCUCCGCAAAGUUCUUACCAAACUCAAUAUCAAUCUGGAGGAAACCAGUAUCAGUCUAGUCAAAACCAGUUUCAAACUGGACAGAACCAAUUUCCUGCUGGUCAAAACCAGUUUCAUAGUGGACAGUCACAAUAUGGUUCAUCCCAGAACCAGUAUCAAAACUAUGGACAGUCUGGGUCAACAUUCCAAAGCCAACCAGGUUCUUUUUCAGGGAAUCAGAAUCAUACUGCAAGCUAUCAGAAUAAUCAGAAUGGUCCUAGUUCUUAUCCAAGUACACAAAGUCAAACUGGCUCAUUUUCUGGUAGUAGGGGAAGUUCAUUUACAAGUGGCCAAAGUCAACCCAGUUCAUUCCCUGGUAGCCAGAAUGCUAACUCAAUAUCUGGAAGUCAGAAUCCCCCUGGUGCAUAUCCAGGAUCACAAACAACAUCAGAAUCAUUUAAUUUGACUGGAAAUCAAAAUCAAGGAAGUGCAUACAAUGAAAUGAAAAGCCAAGGUGGUUCUUAUAGUGACCCAUCAAGUCAAAGAGGGUCAUACAAUGAUAGACAAACUCAGAGUGGUUCUUACUCAGACAGACCCAGUCAGUCUAAUUCUUUUAGUGACAGACAAAGUCAGUCAGCAGGUUCUUAUGGAUCUGAAAGAACAAAUCAAGCUGGAUCAUAUUCAGAUCGCCAGAACCAACCCAGUUCAUAUACAGGUGGUAGUUCAUUUAGUAGUGUAACACAGGCUGCACAGAAUUAUAGUGCUAACCAAAGUGGACAGAGCUCCUUGUAUCAAGCAGCUGUGUCAAACGCCUAUCCAGGACAAAGUCAGUCUGGUUCUAUUUAUCAUCAGGGUGGCUCUCCACAGGUGACAUCUUCUUAUCAGCCACAAGUUUCAACUAGUUAUGGUAGAGAUUCUCAGUCAGGAUCAUUCUCAACAAAUGUUUCUCAGUCAAGUAGCAGCUACCAGCGUGAUGGUAGCUCUUCAGGGACUCAGUCAUCAUAUACAUCACAAACAUUUGGAGGGAAUGCCCACCAAAACAGCCUACAAUCCAACCUGCAGACCUCUGCUCUUUCUGCUAAUAAACUCGGUGAAACAUUAUCUAAAAUGACAGUGAAGGAUACUAACAUAGAUUCGAGACAAUCUCCAUCACAGUACGAAAAUUCUUCGUCGUCGACAACAGCAAGUUUAACAUCUACAACAAAUUCAACUUCCCUAAUAUCGACGGUGACGACUCCAUCAGUUUCAUCUUCAUCAGCAGUAACAACAACAGUACAUUCAACAUCAGCUAAAGUUUCCAGUACGACUGGUACCAGUAAGUCAAGUAAAGCACCACCAAAUUUGCCACCAGGUGUACCAUUACUGAGCCAUCAGUAUAUUAUGGGACAGAAUUUGCCAUACUUUGCUGGAUUACAACAGCCUUUGUAUGGUUAUGAGGAUAUUCAGUUGCUUCAACAGAGAUUGCCCCCAAUGAAUUUACAAAACUUGCAGAAUUAUAACUAUGAUAUGACUGCAUUUGGUAAUGUACCCACAACACUAAAUACUGGAAGAGAACAGACAUCCUUGGCUGGAAAUGUACCUUAUUCAGGUACGGAAAAGUUGAAUAGAGUUGAAGCACAGUCACCAAUUCCCUCUACCCAGCAACAGUCAACACAAUCGCAUCAGCAGCAUUUUAUUAACUUACCAUAUGGAUACUGUUACCCAGGAACUGUAUUGCCAGGUGCUCCCACUGCCAUGGGGUUCCAGUACCCACCUCAAAUGUUUCCAGUGCCACCAGUGACUAACACAGGAGCUCCCCAUGCUGGUACCACAGCAAAUGCACAGUUCCAGAAACAGACUUAUGGAUCUCACACUUAUGGUAGUAAUAAAGCUUAUGAGGACUUGGCACAGGUUACUGACUUUACCAAGUCGACCUACAUCAAUCAGUCCCAGAACAAAGUUACAGGAGUUUCAGGUUUGUUAAACGGAUCUGCUACCACAGUAACAGCUGAUUUGGCAGGAACAGGACUGCCAGGUGUGUCAGGAUAUGGCAAAACACAUUCACAGGGAUUUGAUAAACAAGGUAUUCAUGCUGGAACUCCUCCUCCAUUUAAUUUACAGCCAUUUGCCACUGGAAGCCAAGCAGGAAGUCAUAUUGGUGCACCAACAAAUCCAUAUGCAGCUGCUCAGUUUAUUCCAUUGAUGACCCAUCAGCCUCCAUCCCAGCUCCAUAUGCAGGGCUUGCAGCAGGAUACAAGUACUGGAUCCAGUGCACGCAUUCACUCCCAACAGACUAGUUCACAGGCCAAGACUGUUACCCCCAAAGGAUACACAAAUACAUAUUGGGGAACCAGUUAAACAUGGGAACAGAUGACAACUGAGGACAGAAUUGAUGAAUUGGCCUCUUAAAUUUUGUUGUAUUUUAAAAUUUAUUGUUGGUGUUCUGUGUCACACUGCUGGGGUUUAAUAUUAAAUGGUUUCUGUGAGAAGUUCCCCCCUUUAAUUGGUCGUUUAGUAGAUUUUCGUAAGUCUUGAAGAUGCUGUGAAUUAAUUGUAGUUAUGAGAAUUUUUUGCUUAUUAAUAUUGUUAUUUAAUAUUGGAAAUGGUCUUCAUUUGAUGUGUAACAUCAUUGUAUAGUAUUAUUCCAUAGAGAUCAAGCUAGUGUGUGUGCUAUUGUUCACAUUGUAUAUUGUGGGUGCCUUAUGAAUCCCUGUGGUGAAUGGUUUUAAAGAUUUCUCUCAGAUUUGUCAGAUUAACAGAUGUGUCACCUUUUUGGUUUGAAUGGAGAAUUGCAUUGAUUGGAGCAGGAGGAUAGAGAAGCAAGGUAGAACCCUGUAAUUUCCAUUGAAGCAAGAGGAUAAAUAAGCAAGGCAGAACCCUUUUAUUUUCCAUUGGUGCAGGAUAAAAAGCAAGGCAGAACCCUAUGUUUUCCAAAGACUGUAGUUAGAUUCAGGGUUGUAUUUAGUGAAAAAGGUUGCACUUUGUUGAUGAAUUUUAUUGUCACGUUUCUGGUGAUAUAUGCCCCCUUCACUCAUGACAGAUUUCAUUUGUUUGUAAAUAUUUUUGUAAGUUUGAAAAAUCAUUAAUACACAGUGUCACAUGACAUUUCUGAGAGAAUAUCAGAGGAGAAGUUAGCUUGAUUACUGUUUCAUAUUUUUGGAGUCAAUUUUUCCUUGCUGCUGUUUAUUGAUUUAUUUUGUAUCUGUAUUGUACAGUUUUAUGUUAAAUUUUAUAUUUGAAAUCGUAAAUGAAAUGAUAAAAAGAUAAUCUAUUUUAUAUAACUUAGCUUGCGUUAAAAGAUUUGCUGAAAUAUAUUUGUAUAAUAGUAGUUAAAGGCAUUCUAAGAACAGUUAAAAAGGUACAAAAUAUUUGAAUGAACAGCAGAUAUAGUUUUCCUUUGUUAUUCGUGUGCAGAUUACUUAUUUGAUGUUCGAUGUAUACCUUAUUAAACUAGUGUGCAUGUAUAUAAAUUUCAUUGUAAUACAUAGAAAAAAAUCAUCUAUAUUGUCAUUGGCUAACAGUUAUAUUGUAGGAGAAAUUUUUUGUAAAUAUAUAAAUAUAUAUGAUCAAGUAUGUUAAACAACAAAUUUUUGCCUUUUAAAUUGGAGCAUUGCGUAACGUACAUUUCCUAUUGUGCUCAUAAUAAAGAAAAAAUAAUUGAAA